UAGUACAUGUAAUCAUGGGAAAUGUUAUGCCACUAUGGAAACAAUAAAUCAGUCACAAUAAACCUAUAGGAAGGAACAGUAGGUUAAAAUAAUUUUAGCAGGACCUAUUAUACAUUAAAGAGGAUUUGUUGGUUAUGCAAUAUAUAUAAUGAAAAUAGAAAUAAAGAUAAAGGCUUUAGUUUAUAAAUCUGGUCACUCACUCUAGGAAGAAUGGAUGUACCAGAGCAGCAAAAUCAAGUUUGUAACCAGGUUUGCAGUUUACAGUUAACAUACAAAGGUUUAACAGAGAUACCAGAAUAUCUACUGACAGAUGAGAGUUAUAAGGCAUUGAAUCUCAUUUACCUAGGAAGAAACUUGAUAACUAAGUUGCCUGAAAAUCUUGGUAACCUCUCAGCAUUAACUGGACUAUUUGUAAAUCACAACAAAUUACAGUUUCUCCCAAAAGCCAUUGGUUGUUUGAAGAAUCUAGAUACUUUAAAUGUUACUGGUAAUGAGUUAACAAGUCUGCCAACUGCCAUAGGGAACUUGUUAAAGUUACAGAAACUACAGAUGUGUAACAACAAAUUAUCCAGACUUCCUACAUGUAUUGGAAAGCUUUCUGAACUGAGGUCUUUAGAAGUAGCCAAUAACAAUUUAAAUACAAUACCAGUGGAAUUAUCACAAUGUCAAAAACUUUUAACCUUGAACCUUGACAACAAUAGGUUGACCUUUCUUCCUCGACAACUAAGGAAUUUAGUGAAUCUGAUUGAAUUUUCUGCAGUUGGAAAUAACUUAUAUGUUCUACCUCAAGAUAUAGGAAGCAAAGAUGCCUUGCAUACUCUGUAUGUGGAUAAGAAUGAAAGAUUGUAUACUUUGCCAUCCACUGUGUUAGGAAAGGAAAUUGGUUUCUACAGAUGUGGUUGUGAACCAUUGUCUACAGAAAUCUUAGAACAUUUUCCCUAUGUUAAGAUCCAGCAUACAUUAACAGAAAAGUUACCAAUAUUAUUGCCACCAGAUAUACAACAUGUGUGUAAUAUGGAGCAGUGUGUGCUUCCACUCACAGAACUUGCUAUGAGGAAGGCUUCCAUCAGUUUACCAACAUCAGACAUUAUUGACAGUAUUCCUUACAACUUGAGUGCAACACUAUCAUGCCCAUUGGCCAAAUGUGAGAUGUGUCAAGGCAACAUAUUCCUAUCAGGGUUUCCUGUUGUAUAUAAAGACUAUGUCAAGUCAGCCUACAUAUUAGGGAUGUGUUGUAGCUUACAGUGUACAAAGAAAUGUUUUCACGGGACGGAUAUUGGGCUUCCUGUAGUGUAUCCACGUUCAGAGGACCUUUCAUUAGCAGUAGUUCUUGUACAGUGAUAACUCAGUCAAAGCCCAAAGGAUAUGGACAGAGGAUGUCAUUAGCAUGUAUAGUCAUAAAUCUAUUCAUGAACAGAGAUAUGUCAUAAGCAUGUAUAGUCAGUCACAGAAAAUUUCAUAAGCAUGUAUAUUCAUAUAUUUAUCCACAGUGACAGAGGACAUGUUAUAAGCAUGUAUAGUUGUAAUCUAUCCACAGUUAGAGGACAUGUCAUAUGCAUGUUUAGUGAUUAAUAUAUCCACAUUCAAAAGCCAUAUCAUCAGCAUAUAUGGUGAUAAAUCUAUCCACAGUCAGAAGACAUGUCGAUGGUGUUUAUACUUUAUAGCCCUUUUUGUCCCCCGCGCAACGCAUUGCGGGGGGGGGGGGGGACAUAGAAAUACCGGGCAUCCGUCCGUCUGUCCAUGGGCCCAUCCGGUCUUGUUAGUGCUCUCAUGUGUAAAAUUCUUGCCUGAUUUUUAUGAAACUUAGGUUUAUAUCAGCAAUGUUUUGGACGAGUUAGAAAAUCAGUACCGAUUAAGAGUAAUACCCCUUGGAAACAUUAAUUAUAUGGAAAAUUGCAUCGUUAUUGCUCUCAUUUGUACAAUUCUUGCCAAAAUUUUAUGAAACUUAUAUCAUAGGUUCAUAUCAGCAAUGUCUUGGACGAGUUCAAAAAUCAGUGCCGAUCAAUUAUUUUUAAAAGUUAUGCCCCUUGGAAACAUUAACUAUAUGGAAAAUUGCAUUGUUAGCACUCUCAUGUGUACAAUUCUUGCCAGAGUUUUAUAAUACUUUUAUCAUAGGUUUAUAUCAUCAAUGUCAAUGACAAAUUUGAAAAUCAGUGCCGAUCAAUUAUUUUUAAAAGAGUUAUGCCCCUUGGAAAUAUUAACUAUAUGUAAAGACUUGUGAGCGCUGUCAUGUGUACAAUUCUUGCAAGAUUUUUAUGAAAUUUAUAUUAUAGGUUUAUAUCAUCAAUGUCGUGAACAAAUUCGAAAAUCAGUGCCAAUCAAUGAUUUUUAAAAGAGAUAUGCCCCUUGUAAAUAUUGAUUACAUGGAAAAUUGCAUAGUUAACGCUCUCACGUGUACAAAUCUUGCCAGAAUUACAUGAAACUUAUAUCAUAGGUUUAUAUCAGCAAUGUCUUUGACACUUUCAAAAAUAAGUGCUGAUCAAAUAUUUUUAACGAGUUAUGCCCCUAGGAAAUAUUAACUAUAUAACGGAAAUUGCAUUGCAUUUGCUCAAGUGUUUUUUAGGUAUUGCCCUUGUACCUUGGAUUGAUAAAAUAUGUGCCAAGCAGGGGACAUUGGAACUCUGUUCUUUUAUUAGAGAUUAAUCUAUCCAAAAUCUUAGGAUUAGUCAACAGUAUGUAAUAGUAAGUCUAUCCAUACUAAGAGGACAUGUGUGCAGUAAUUAGUCCCCUACCGACGAAGUCGAAGGGGACUUUAGGUUUGUACUCCGUCCGUCUGUCUGUCUGUCUGUCUGUCCGUCUGUCUGUCUGUCCUUCUGUCAGUCUGGCAAAUCAGCUUUCCACACUUUUUUUCUUUGUUUAUGAAGAUAUUGAUUUGAUAUUUGGUAUAUAGUUUUAUCAUGACAAGUUAUAGAUCAAGUUCAAAUUUUGUUCCGGUCUGAUGAUUUAAUCCAGAGUUAUGGACCAUAACUCUGGACCAUAUCUAAUGUUAGAGUACUAUGUUAAACCAUAUUUAUGGACAAAGGGAGAUAACUAAUUUUUUAAAAGACAUUCUUUGUUCAAUUAUUUGAAGAAAUUUUGGCAGGUUUGUUAGUUAUUUAGUAUAAACUAAUUUUUUGAAUGCUAUAUAUAUAAAAAAAAAUUAUGAAGAGAAAUCCUUUAAUUAGAUAAUAAUCUAUUUUUAUUAUGUAUAUAUUUCAAUACAUUACAUUGUGUAGAUAAAAGUUGUUGACAUUUUAUAGAUAAGUUACAAAUCUAUAUUAGUUUGUGACAAAUGAAAGAAAAAAUAUUUGGAACUAUUAAUUAUAUUUGAUUAUAAUUUGAAAAUAGAUAUACACUGUAUUACAUCAUAUCUAAUUUUAGAGAACUAUUAAUCAUAUCUAAUGUUUUUUUCAUCAUGCUUAUAUGAUAUUGAUUGAUAAUUGGUAUAUAGUUUUAUCAUGACAAGUUACGGAUCAAGUUCAAAUUUUUGUUUCUGUCUAAUAAUUUUGUGCAGAGUUAUGGUCAAUUCACUCAUAUAAUCAGUUUUCCACACUGUUUUUAGUCAUGCUUGAAGAUGUUGACAUGAUAUUUACUUUUUGUUUACACCAUGGCAAGUUAUAUAACAAGUUAGCAUUUUGUUCCAGUAUAAUGAAUUUUUACCCGGUAGGGGACUAUGUAUUGCCAUGCAAUACUCUCAGAAUGCUUGUUAAUUAUCAAAAUUCAGAAAAAAAGUCAUUUUCAAUUACAGUCUUUUUGUAGAAGGACAUAUGUGAUGUCACAAACAAAUUGUUUAGGUUGAAAACUGAGAUGAAACAUCAUACUUAAUAAGAAAGUGAAUAUAAAUAUCAUUCAGCUCACUGUUAUCAAAUAAAUGAUUGUUAGUAUUAUUUAGACAGGCAUGAUACCAUAUAAAGUGUGUACACUUGUUACAAGAUAAACUUAAUUUAGUGUGUACACAUAUUACAGGAUAAACAUUAUUAAAUGUGUACACAUGUUACAUGAUAUACACUUGUGAAAUUGAUGCUAUUGUGUAUAUUUAUUUAUUAUAGUAUAUCUUGAUUUUUUAAAUGAAAAUGUAUAUUGGUGAAGAAUUAUCCCUAGUGUGUGAUAGCAAUGUUAGUGAAGAUCAGUUUGAUUGAUUCCUUGUUUUGUUGAAUACUCUUGCAUUAAGUUUAUUGUUAAAUUGUUAUGUAAUUAAAAUAAAUUAACAUCUGU